CUUGAACAGCUGAUUAGAUUCGUCGGGCACAUUACAUAACGCGUUUCGGCGGUUUCGGCACUGGCUUUCUUCCUUAAUGAUGUCAUUUAGUUUAUCUUUAUCUUAAGGUGAAAGAACCUGAAGAACUUCUCAUCUUAAACUUCUUUUCCUUUCUCCUAAAAUGUCAGCGUGCCUAUUGAAGCUUAGGUAUUACUCCUCCAACGUCAUCGCUUGCCCUGUCAAAAACUCAGCUGUAAUAGCAGGCUCUAUUCGUUUAUUGUCUUCUGUGGAAGUUUCAACUGCUUUGCGUCCAUUCUAUUUUUCUGUGCAUCCAGAUUUGUUUGGGAAGCAUCCUAAUGAAAGGUCUAUAAAUGAAAACUCUUUAAUGCAAUUAAGUUCAUACUUGGAAACUCUUCAAAGAAGCAGAUCAGUUCGACCAGUUUCCUUAAAAUUUUAUUUACGGCCUCGAGAGACAUCAUUUAAAGGAUCUUUUCAAUUAGUGACACUGAAUCUCAAUGAGCGUGACACAAGAAAUGCAGUUUUAAGAGUUUUAAAAUCAUGUAAUCUCCCUACUACUUAUGUUGAUAACAUAAGUCCUGCUCCAACAUCCAAAACACAGGAUUAUUACCCUACUCCUGAUCAAAAAUCAACUGCAUGGCAAAAAUAUGAAAGUAUGUUCAAAGACAAUGAUGAUGCUUAUGGAGCACAUAUAAUAAGAGGCAUGGUGAAAAAGGCCAAGGAAGAUGAGUCAUUGUUAUCUUGGCUGAAAAAUAAUAUUGACAAUGCUGCUGAGAAGCAAGCAGCUUGUUUGCCCAUACAAGAGGAAGUAAAGCGAUUGCAGGUUGAGCUUGCACAAAAUCUAGGUUUGCAGGAGAUUAUUUGGGAUUGUGGAUGGAACGUAACUCAUUUUAGAGGGUGCUUACAAAGUUUUCAAGCUCUUGCCCGUGACCAUUCUGAGCUUCUGCAUGUACUCAAAGGAAGAACUGUGGUGUUUGGAAGCGACACUGGUGUUAGUUUGAAUGGCAAUGUACUUCUCAGUAGUGGGGAGGUGCGUCACAAUUGGCUUGAUUUUUUAAAACAUGUGUGGCAACAGGAUGCUGCACUUUUAGCCAUACCUGCCAUGCAAAAGGCAGUUUCCAGGGUUCUUCGAGAUAUUAAAGUUGUUCACAGGAAAUUCCAACCCAAUAUUAUGGCUAAGUCAUACACUAGUCAAUUGAGAAGACUCGUAACAUCACUAAGUGAUUAUCAGGGUCGCCAAGGGUAUCCCAAGUCAUGGCCUCAGAGCUUGGAAAAAUUUGAGCUAGUUGUGGAACCGGAAGCUGGUCCUCUCAUGUUAUCACCCACUGGGCAGUUCAUUGUCCCAUCUUCCUGUCCAGCUUCACUUCUGGUCAGUUUCUUGAGUGAACACAUACCCGAGGCUGAGAGACUAUUAAGUAGUUAUCAAAUGAAUAAACAUGUCGAGCGUGAUCUGCAUGCUCGUUGUAUAGCUGAAUUUGGACUCUUAUCUUUACGAAAAGAAGAUAAUGUUACACCUGAUCUAAUGAUAGCUUGCUGUUCAAAAUUACUAGAAAGGAAAGCUGAUUUGUUAGAAGUUUUAAAAGGUCGUUGUUUGUGGAUAACAAAUUAUUACUCUAUCAUGUCUGAUGGACACAUUUGUAUUCCUUGGAAUUGGAAAAUUUAAAGAAUACAAAAUUGAUAA